ACCUGCCUGCACUGGGGGCAGCUGUACUGACCCUUGUGGUUUCUCGUGUCCCAGUGGCUCUGGAUACAAGCCAGGCAGUAUGAAUGCCCACAAGGUAGAGUGGCCGGGUCCUUCAGGAUGUCCAGGCAUACUGAGCAGACAAAUAAGGUCUCCUCUACAGACCAGGCUGAGGCCAUAUGGUGCUGGCUGGAACAGAGAAGAAUAAGCUGAAUUUCUCAGAGGUCAGACCUGGAUGUAUGGAGAACCACAAUUUUCCCUGUUUGAAUAAGUUACCGAACUAGAAAUAAUGCAAGCAUGUCUUUUAAGUGAAAGCAAAGACACCCAAAGACGGCAAGGCUGAAAUGCCAGUUCAGACGAAACUCAUGUUGCUUAAAAAUGGAGGCAGCCUGGACUCAGUGUGGGACUGGUAUAACAGGAUGUUUAGGAUCCCCCAGGUCCUGACUUGGUCUUGUCCCAUAAGGCCAUUGCUGCUAUUGAGAGAAUCCCACCUCUCUGCUUUCUCUGAGUACACUGCUGCUGGAUGGCAGGGUGCAAGAGAUGUGAAGAGAAGGAAAUAUGAAGGGUUCUGUGGAAGUAAGGAUGGGUCAUCAUUGUCCACAGAGACUGUAUCCCGUUCAACACAGUUGUCUUUAUUUAACUUGGACUGUGAUAAUCGUAAGCAGAGGGAUGCUUCAUUUCAAAGCCUUCCACCCAAAGCCAUUUUGUCCAGCCAUCAUCACCUACCUCAGGUUUCUGCCUCUGCAAAAGCCAAACGGGGGUCUGACUCUUGGAAAUGCACUGUAGUGCAAGAUGUAGGUCAAAACCUCAAAGCUGUGAGCACUCUCCGGCACUGUUUAAUCAACACAACUUGCCUUCAACCUUGGAGAAGGUCUUGGGACAUUUGCCAACCUUCACUCAGUUUCACCUUUGCGCCUCAGUGUAACCUUCUUCAAAGCCAUGUAUAUUGCAGACAGCACUUUGUUAGACCUUUCAGCUCGUCGACACAUACGCCAUGGACUUCGAACCACUCUCACAGUAGACGACAACCCUCCAGCCUCUCUUCUCACAAAACCAGAGCAGUUCAUCAGGCUGCCCCUCACGUGGCAGACGCCUGGAGAGACUGUCUAUCCCUGAAGAAUGAAAACCGGUGUCGACUGAGCCUGGGGCCCAACUUGAAGCUGUACAAGGUGGACAAGGGGGAAAAAGGAGCAAGUUACGGCCAGGGGAGAUGGGCGUCAGUCCUCGUUUCUCUGUGCUCCGUAGAGGGGGAGCCGGCAUUUCUCUUCACUUUGCGCUCCAGCACACUGAAGGGCAGACACAAGGGUGACGUCAGCUUUGCAGGAGGAAAGAGUGAUCCAUCAGAUAGAGAUUUGGUGGCCACCGCUUUAAGGGAAGCCAGGGAGGAGCUGGGCGUUUCUGUGGCAACCGAGAAGGUCUGGGGCAUCUUGAAGCCUCUCCGGGACAGAUCAGGGAUGAUGAUAGCGCCUGUGCUGGCUAACCUCGGCCCCCUCGAGGAGUUGUCCUUCAAACCAAACCCUGGAGAGGUUGAGGAGAUUUUCACCUUGUCCUUGUCCCACUUAUGCAACCCUCAGAACCGUGGCUACACACACUUCCGCACCGGUGACAAGUACGGAUACACUCUCCCAGUGUUUCGUAACGGGAAGCAUCGAGUGUGGGGCCUGACUGCUGUCGCUCUAGACCAUACUCUGAAACUCAUUGUCCCUCUAUAGCAGCUCAAUUGCCAUUUGAUUACAGUACACUUACAAUACUGAAGCACACCUUUAAUGUGACUCAAAGAUUUGACUAUGACAAAUGUGCAAGCUUUGUGUAGAAAAUUCAUAUCACGAAUCAGUGUCAAUACAAAAUAUUUUUAUUCAUAAAGGUAAAUUCCUUUUCAAUCAGAAGGAUUUUUCCAAUUGUGCACUUUCUGAGCCUUGGGUGUCUAAGAAUCUCGAUUGAAUGGAUCAUGUGUAUAAACAUGGUGGCCAGCUGUGAUUAUGUCACUGCGCACACCGUUUUGAGAUUGAACGUGGCUUGAGAGAGGAAGUUAGGACGUCAUACGCGACCUUUGGGUUUGUAGUCUUUAACGUAUUUCACUACAAUCUGGUUUUAUUGACUUGCAAAAUUAUCUUAUACAUUGACAAACAAUGUGUAAUUCAUGGCACAAUUCAAGCGGUGGUCCACCAGAAGGGGAGGGACUUUGCCUCUAUGACAGAUCAUGGCUUCCAGUGAUUCAGCUCAUGGCCACUUUUGAUCUCACAGUAAAACAAAUCUGGACAGCUAUAAACACUGAAAUGAUACAAGCACAUCAUGAUGUGUGUUGAUGCAAUAAAGGUUGUUUUUAAAGGUA